UGUUUGGGGGAAAUGGGCGGGGCUUUAAAUUGGCGAGUGCGUUUCCUCGCUUUCAUUAAAAAAGAAAACUGUGGUUGGAUUUUAACUCAUAAAACGUAAACUAUAGACAUGACGGAUCAAUUAUAUUCUGGUGUCGAUGUUUAAAAUAUGGAUUGUGAAGUGGGAGAGAACUCCUUUGAACAUGGAAGAUUGGGAACUCUCAGACGAUGGGGAAGAUUUCUUUGUGGUCCACGGAAUCUCACGUUUAAAGAUGUGCUUACAUGGCAGCUCUGCAAAACUAUUGUAAUGGGUCAAGCCCUGUCUAUGCUGAUAUGUGGGACGGCAGUUACAUGUCAGUAUUUGGCAAAUGCUGGGGUAGAGACGCCAAUGCUGCAAAGCUUCCUCAAUUACACCUUGCUGCUGCUCACCUAUACUUUAGUCUUAGCCUUCAGGAGAGGUGAAAAUAAUAUGGUUCGAAUUCUAAAAACAAAGUGGUGGAAGUAUUUUCUCAUGGCUCUUACGGAUGUUGAAGCCAAUUACACAGUUGUGAAGGCGUACCAGUACACAACCCUUACAAGUAUACAGCUGCUGGACUGCUUUGUGAUUCCGGUUCUGAUGGUGCUCUCGUGGAUCUUUUUGAAAACUCGCUAUAGACCAUUGCAUGUUAUAGCUGUGGCUGUGUGCUUGCUUGGAGUCGGUGCAAUGGUGGGAGCAGAUCUGCUGGCAGGGAGAGACCAAGGCUCAAGUAGUCAUGUGUUGUUGGGGGAUGGACUCGUGCUGGUCAGUGCUGCUCUCUACGCAGUGUCUAAUGUUUGUCAGGAAUACACAGUGAAAAACCUGAGCAGGGUGGAGUUCUUGGGCAUGAUGGGACUCUUUGGGACACUCAUCAGUGGUGUGCAGAUGGCUAUAUUUGAAUCCAAAGCUGUACCUGUUAUCAACUGGAACUUGAAAAUAUGUGUGCUCUUUGUUGCAUAUACUCUGUGCAUGUACGGGCUGUACAGUUUCAUGCCUGUAGUGGUAAAGAUGACCAGCGCCACGGCUGUGAACCUCUCACUGCUGACUGCUGACCUCUUCAGUCUCUUCUGUGGCAUGUUUCUUUUUCGCUACAAUUUCUCAGGCCUGUACAUCGUGUCUUUUGUGGUGAUCACGCUUGGUUUCAUCAUGUUCAACAUCGUCCCGACCUCCACAGCAGAUCAGUCUUAUUCCACUGAUGACAGGGCGUAUCAUCUUGCUUCAUCUGCGGAUGUCCAACAAGAUGGAGACCUUGUAGUAGACUUAGGACAGGAGAAUCAGGACAGGACAGGAUCCAGUCACAAAGCACAUUGCAACGGAUUAUGUUCCCAGAAAUAAAGCUCUACAAUGUAGAGUACAGUGUUAAAUUUUAUAGAUUUGCUUUAGAAGGGUUCCUAUUUUUAUGCUGAAGUCAGGGUUUAAUCCGUUAUUUAAGGAUUUUAAAUCCACUUCAGUGUGUCUUGACUCUAUAUUUUUAUGCACAAUAAUUUGCAUAUAAAUGUUAUUUAAAUCUGCUGAGACUGAAGAUGACACAUUACAAAAAUAGAAGAAAGUUGUCGUCCUGCACUAUAAUGAUCUGUAUACUGA